CUCUCGGCGCGGGACCUCACGUCGCCAAGGCAUCUUAGGGCGACCGCGGAUCACCCACGUCGCGAUCGGCGCGCAAAAGGAGGCGCGGCGUCGCGACGGGUCCGCGGAACGCAAAACAAAAAUGGCUGUGCCCGCUGCGGGCCCGCGGGCGGGCGAGUCGGGUCACAGCAGGUCGCGGCCGCCUAGGUUAAUCGCGCGCGCCAUAUGAAGAGGAGGUUAGGAUCCCGCGGGCGAGCCGUGCGCGCUGUUUCUUGUACGCACUUUCGACGUAAUCCUCGAGCAAUGAUACGACGAAGUCCAACUCGGAUAGAAAUGCGUCUGGAUGACCUGCAGGUGUAUGAGGAGAUAAGAAAGGCGCACGAGUCCAAAAAAGAUCCUGAAAAGAAAGCGUCGUCGUCUAUGAAUCCGCCCAUGUGGGGCGGAAAGAUUCCUCAGAACGAGAUUCAGGAACGGAUCGGUUAUGUGCCGCAACACUCAUCCACGCACAACCGAACGACGUAGUAGUCUACUUGAGAUACAAAUCACAACAUGGAUACAACCCUCGUUUAUGCGUUUGAACAUAAUUUUGAUUUCAAACAAUUCGGCACACAUUUACACAAAUACGAUUUAUACAAGAUGUAUUUAGAAAAAUACGACUUUUUUUUAUAAUUCAGUUUCCGCGAUUAAUUACCGGUUAUGAUCAAGUAAUCAUAAUCUUAAGAAUUUUUUUAGUAUACUUGCUGCUUUUAUUUACAAAAUGUAUAAUCGCUGUGUGUGAAGUAUAUGAGGUUAGUGUACGAUA